ACUCAACGUCACUGGUCAAAGGUUAAGGCAAGUGGAGCUUGGCAUAUCACCCAGGAUCCAUGGAUGAUUCAGAGCUGGAAGCUAUAAGACAAAGAAAAAUGCAAGAGUUGAUGGGCCAACAAGAAGAUGCAAAAAUGAAAGCAAAAGAACGGAGACAGCUGAUGCUAAAUCAUAUUUUAUUUGCUCAAGCGAGAGAAAGACUUGCUCAAAUUGCUUUGGUGAAAGCUGAUAAAGCAAAAGAAGUAGAUGAUGUUGUCCUUAGGGCUGCUCAAAUGGGGCAGAUAACUGAGAAGGUAUCUGAAGAGAAGUUUAUAUCACUCCUCAAGCAGAUCAAUGACCAAACUAGCAAACAGACCAAAGUCACAAUUCAAAGGCGUCGGAAUGCUCUUGACGAUGAUGACUAG